AUGUAUGUAGGCUAUAUAAAGAAUGAUGGUACACAAGUUAAAGUUCCAUUAGACAACAACUGCUACUUAAACUUAUAUGGAGACGAACAAAAGAAAUAUUUAAGAGUUUAUGAAAUGGCAGAUAUGACAUUGCCUGACCCAGCUCCAGCACCAUAUUAUUAUGACUAUGGUGUUGACGCACGUGUAGACCCAAAAAAGCAAACAUUAUAUUUAGAAUAUUAUAGAUAUAAAAGAUAUAAUGCAAUAGAAAAAACGAGAAUAGUAUACUAUUAUGAAGAUGACAGAAAUAAAUAUUAUAGUCAAGACUUUACCUACCCUGAAAACAUAAGAUUAUAUUAUAAAAAAUAUUCUGACACAAACCAGAAGAAACCUGAAAUAGUUGCACUAUAUUUUAAGUUCAAAAGAGACAAUCCUAUAUUAUCUCAUAUGUUUGAUUUAAUGAACCCAGUAGGUUCUAUUUAUACAUCUAUGGAUGCAAGAUGUCCUCAAGUAAUGUUUGGUGUUGGUGCAUGGGAACAAAUAGUUGACAGGUUUUUGUAUUGUGCAAACUCUUCAAAGGAAACAGGAGGAAGUAAAACGAUUUCAGGUGAAAAUUUACCUGCGCACAGUCACUACAUAGAUUUAAGUACAUCUCAAGCAGGUUGGCAUAAGCAUAAAUUUUGGGAUUGGUCAGCAAUGAAAAAAGGUAAAGGAUAUGAUGUUAAAGACGACGUUAAGUUUGCUAUAAAUUGUUACUGGGAUGACACUCAGGGAGAAGGAAACCAUACACAUUUCGUUUC